CCCGUGCGCCCCCGCGGGCCCGCGCCAUGGCCUCCGGGAGCGUGGCCGAGUGCUUACAGCAGGAGACCACCUGCCCCGUGUGCCUGCAGUACUUUGUCGAGCCCAUGAUGCUCGACUGUGGCCACAACAUCUGUUGCGCCUGCCUUGCCCGUUGCUGGGGCGCGGCGGAGACCAACGUGUCGUGCCCGCAGUGCCGGGAGACCUUCCCGCAGAGGCACAUGCGGCCCAACCGGCACUUGGCCAACGUGACCCAGCUGGUGAAGCAGUUGCGCACUGAGCGGCCGUCGGGGCCCGGAGGCGAGAUGGGCGUGUGCGAGAAACACCGCGAGCCCCUGAAGCUGUACUGCGAGGAGGACCAGAUGCCCAUUUGCGUGGUGUGCGACCGCUCCCGCGAGCACCGCGGCCACAGCGUGCUGCCGCUGGAGGAGGCGGUGGAAGGCUUCAAGGAGCAAAUCCAGAACCAGCUGGACCACCUGAAAAGAGUGAAAGAUUUAAAGAAGAGGCGUCGGGCACAGGGGGAGCAGGCACGAGCUGAGCUGUUGAGCCUGACCCAGAUGGAGAGGGAGAAGAUCGUUUGGGAGUUUGAGCAGCUCUAUCAUUCCUUGAAGGAGCAUGAGUAUCGCCUACUGGCCCGCCUCGAGGAGCUAGACUUGGCCAUCUACAACAGUAUCAAUGGUGCCAUCACCCAGUUCUCUUGCAACAUCUCCCACCUCAGCAACCUGAUUGCCCAGCUGGAAGAGAAGCAGCAGCAGCCCACCAGGGAGCUCCUGCAGGACAUCGGGGACACAUUGAGCAGGGCUGAGCGAAUCAGAAUCCCUGAACCCUGGAUCACACCUCCAGAUCUACAGGAGAAAAUCCACAUUUUUGCCCAGAAAUGUCUGUUCUUGACUGAGAGUCUGAAGCAGUUCACAGAAAAAAUGCAGUCAGAUAUGGAGAAAAUCCAAGAAUUGAGGGAGGCUCAGUUAUAUUCAGUGGAUGUGACUCUGGAUCCAGACACCGCCUACCCUAGCCUGAUCCUCUCUGAUAACCUGCGACAAGUGCGGUACAGUUACCUCCAGCAGGACCUGCCCGACAACCCUGAGCGGUUCAAUCUGUUUCCCUGUGUCUUGGGCUCUCCAUGCUUCAUCGCUGGGAGACAUUAUUGGGAGGUGGAGGUGGGAGAUAAAGCCAAGUGGACCAUAGGUGUCUGUGAAGACUCAGUGUGCAGAAAAGGCGGAGUGACCUCGGCCCCCCAGAAUGGAUUCUGGGCAGUGUCGUUGUGGUAUGGGAAAGAAUACUGGGCUCUUACCUCCCCGAUGACUGCCCUCCCCCUGCGGACCCCACUCCAACGGGUGGGGAUUUUCUUGGACUAUGAUGCUGGCGAGGUCUCCUUCUACAAUGUGACAGAGAGGUGUCACACCUUUACUUUCUCUCAUGCUACCUUCUGUGGGCCUGUCCGGCCCUACUUCAGUCUGAGUUACUCGGGAGGGAAGAGCGCAGCCCCUCUGAUCAUCUGCCCCAUGAGUGGGAUCGAUGGGUUUUCUGGCCAUGUUGGGAAUCAUGGUCAUUCCAUGGAGACCUCCCCUUGAACUCAGGCCAAAAGGGCUGUUGGCCGUAACCCUACCCCAGGCAGAGGGCAUCUUGUUGCCUUGCUGCUUCCUGCCCGUCACAGCUGGAUACCCUCACCACAUCCCAUGCCCCUGCAGCGCAAGACAGGAUGUCUGUGUUCUCUGCCGUCCUUUCCCUUCUCACAAAAACUGGGGCAUGUAAAGACAAGUAUCCAGAUUGCCCAGAAAUAAAAACCAGAUGCCCACCUCCAGUGUUUCACACUUUUUGGUCUCACACAUUACUGGAGGGGAUAAAGAAUAUAAGUAAUCUUGGGUUUGGAGAGCCAUGCAAGAUAUGUAGACCUUGGCUCAGCCCCACAUUGUGAUCGUGGGUAUUUGCUGUCAUUUCUGGACUGAGGCUUUUGAGAACCUAGAGCAGAGCUGCAAAGUCCUGUCAGCAUGGCCCCCUUUAUCCCAGUUUUUCCUUCUGGGAAUAGUACCUCUACCCCGAUUCCCAAUCUGCCAUAGUUUUAUUAACUCCAUUAAAGAGGCCUCCUAUGUCUUUUGAUUAGUUACAGUUAUUUUACAAUAAUGGUGGGAAACGGCCCCACCUCUGAGAUAAUGUUCUAAUCAAUGUGCUCUUUGCCUCUGUCUUUUUCUGAGGGCUUUGUCAGCUCCCUUCAUUCUAAUGAAAGGUGUGUCCUAGUGCUGGCUGCACAUCAUCCAAGGUGAAUUUUCUGCCCAGCACCAUCCAGUGUCCCUAGAUCCCCUCCCACACACAUUCAUGGACUGACGGUCAGUCAUACACUAUCCCUGGAAGGAUUCUGGGGCAGUCAGUAUUCCAGGGACUUUUGUCUCCUCCCAUCUCAUUUGAGGAAUGGGGGAAUUUACCUUUUAAUAUGUGUACCAUCAAGGGGCAGUUCCAUCCCCAUGGCCAUUGGAUCACGAGGCAUCCUGAGGUCAGAAGGCUAAGGCAGGUCUCUGAGCAAGCCCCAGUGAUGGUUCUUAGUCCUACUUUGAGUACAUCCCUCUCUAUUAGAAAAUAAAGUGAGUAUGGAUGUUUA